AGGUACUGCCACGUGAACGUGCCGGAUGAGCUGCUGCGGGACCUGCUGCCGGGUCCAGUGACUCUGGUCCUGCAGCGCUCGGACGAGCUCAACAAGGACCUGAAUCCCUUCACGCCGCUGGUUGGUGUUCGUGUCCCAGACCAUCCCUUCCUGCGGGACGUGGCUCGAGCCUGCCCUGGGCCCCUGGCCCUCAACCUCAGCUCCCAGGGCAGCACCCUGGCUGUGUCGGAAUUUCAGGACCUGUGGCCUCAGUUGUCCCUGAUCAUUGAUGGAGGCCCCACAGGGGACACCCAGAGCCCAGAGUGUCGCCUGGGGUCGACUGUGGUUGACUUGUCUGUGUCAGGGAAGUUCUCCAUUAUCCGCCCUGGCUGUGCACUGACACCCACAGUGGAAAUCCUGAGGCAGAAGUAUGGUUUGGAACCAGAACCUCCCUAA